AUGGCUGAACUGGUAAAGCAGGCCAUCGACACCGUGUUCGAGAUCAAGGACGUGGUACUGAAGUUUAAAAGGAACAAUGAGGAAUGCGCCAGGAUUUGUGAAACUGUGGAGACACUGAUCGAGGACCUGAGUGUGCUCCAAGAGACGUCAAAACUGUGGCACCCGAGCGUGCGUGCCGCGAUGCAGCGUCUCAAUAAUACCCUCGUGGAAACAGAAAGGAAAGUUAAGGGAUGCCAGAAUAUUAAUGCCGUGUAUCGAAUCUUCUUCCUGACCGGUCACAUAGCCUCCAAGCUGGAUAAGCUGAGAAAAGAUAUACAUGAGAAAAUGCUUUCUGCACUUCUUCUUACCAGCAUGAGUACCAUCUCAGGGAUGCAAAAUAAUGCGAGGCAAGAUGAUAUAGAAUCACUGAGGCAGGAAAUGAGGCAGGACAGGAGAGAAAGGAGAAAAGAUGUCGCUGCCUUAAAGCACUUGUUGGGUAUCAGCGACAAUGCUUGCAAUGAAAACAGAACAAGGGAAGCGGUAGCAGAUGGUGCCACAACUGGGUUAAGACAGUACAGUAGGUGGUCAGACUUGGUGGCCGCAGCAAACAAUAGUAUUAGUAUUAUUCAUGAGAGAAAAGGUAGCUCCACUUCUAUCUACAAGAAAUAUUAUAACAUGUCCAUCAUUACAUUAGUAUUAUCAUCAUCAUUUUCAUCAAAGCCAACUGACGAACUACUGGUGACAACUGAUCCACAACAGGUGUCAUGA